AUGGUUACGAGUUGGCAAAGCAGAAGCAUUGAAAAACGGCCGAAAAUGCAGUAUCAACGACUCGGUAAUAGUGGAUUGAAAGUCUCGAAGAUCAUUCUUGGUUGCAUGACAUUCGGCAAUCCAUCAUGGGAAGGCAGCCCAUGGGUUCUUCCAGAGGCCGAAGCGCUCCCCCUACUGAAAAAGGCAUAUGACUGUGGUAUCAAUACGUGGGAUACAGCCAACACUUACUCUAACGGGAUGUCCGAGAUUAUAAUCGGAAAAGCUCUAGAGCGGUACAAUAUUCCGCGGAGUAAAGUUGUCAUCAUGACCAAGCUAUACUACCCAGUUCUUGAGCCUGAAUCAAACGCACGACCCAAUCCAGCCAUUAACGAUGGGGUCCUGGUAAAUCAAAUGGGACUAAGUCGGAAACAUAUCUUUGAGGCGGUGGAUGCAUCUCUUGCCCGACUCAAGUCCAGCUAUAUUGAUGUUCUACAGCUACAUCGCAUCGAUGAUACCCACCCGGAGGAGGUCAUGCGCGCUCUUCACGAUCUCGUUCAAAUGGGCAAAAUCCAUUACCUGGGCGCAUCAAGCAUGUAUUGCUGGCAGCUCGUGAGAUUACAUUAUGCGGCGAAAAUGAACAAUUGGACCGUCUUCACCAGCAUGCAGGGUCUUUACAACUUACUCUACCGAGAAGAAGAACGUGAAACGAACAAAUUCUGUCAAGCUGAAGGAAUCGGAUUGAUUCCUUGGAGUCCUCUAGCUCGCGGGUUAUUAGCCAGACCUUGGAAUGUGAAAACCGACCGGUCCGUGAAGGACGCAAAGACUGCAAAGUGGUUCUCUGGUGAGCAAGAUCAGAAGAUUAUUACCAGAGUGGAUCAACUUGCGCGGUCGAAGGGUUGCAGCAUGAGUGCGCUUGCGAUAGCUUGGUUGUUGGAGAAGGGCGCUUGUCCGAUCGUCGGGUUGAAUAGUAUUGAGAGGAUAGAGUCGGCGUCUGAGGCACUGGCAGUUCGUCUGAGUGAUGUUGAUAUACGGUUUCUGGAGGAACAAUAUAGGCCGCUUUCUGUGCAGGCUAUUUGA